UAUUCCUCGUUUGUCCCUCCUUCCCGGGUAGCUUUUCUAUCUUUCUUUCUCUUUUUUACACACCAUGGCUUCUCGCGUGGACGAAGAAUACGACUACCUUUUCAAGAUUGUCUUGAUUGGCGAUUCCGGGGUCGGCAAGUCCAACUUGCUGUCGCGCUUUACGCGCAACGAGUUUAAUCUCGAAAGCAAGUCCACCAUUGGCGUAGAGUUCGCCACCAAGAGUAUCCAAGCCGAAGGCAAAACCAUCAAGGCGCAGAUCUGGGACACGGCCGGACAGGAACGUUACCGCGCCAUCACCUCGGCCUACUACCGCGGCGCCGUCGGAGCUCUCCUCGUCUACGACAUUUCCAAACACGGAACCUUCGAAAACGUCGAGCGCUGGCUCAAGGAACUCCGCGAUCACGCCGAAGCAAACAUUGUCGUCAUGCUCGUCGGCAACAAGUCCGAUUUGCGGCAUUUGCGGGCCGUCGAAACCGACGAAGCCAUGGCCUUUUCCGAACAGCACAACCUCGCCUUUAUCGAAACUUCCGCACUCGACGCCAGCGGCGUCGAUACCGCCUUUCAGCGAAUCCUCACCGAAAUUUAUCGACUCAUGAGUCGACGCAAUAUGCAAGCGGAAGAAAACGCCAAUGCACCCAUGAGCGCCGGACACAAAAUCUCACUCUCCCAGUCCGGCGACAAGAAAAAAGGAUGCUGCGCACAAGUCUAAAGCCAACUCGGCAACGGCGCGUUUUUCUCGUUUUACCCGUACUACUAUAGUUGCCCCCUAGGAUCCGGAUUUGUCGCUCA